AUGAAGAAUACCACAGGGCUGAGUGCGUUCAUCCUGCUAGGACUCACCAGCGCCCCAGACCUACAGCUGCCCCUCUUCGCGGUAUUCCUGCUCAUCUACCUGGUCACUCUGACAGGGAACCUGGGCAUGAUCGUGGUGAGCCUGCUGGACCCCCGUCUGCACACUCCCAUGUACUUCUUCCUCAGUAACCUGUCCCUGGUGGACUUCUGCUACUCUUCAACAGUCACCCCAAAGCUUUUGGCUGGUUUGCUCACAGACGACAAACUUAUUUCUUACUAUGCCUGUGCUGCUCAGAUGUUCUUCUUCGUACUCUUUGCCACUGUGGAGAAUUACCUGCUGGCCGCCAUGGCCUACGAUCGCUUUGCAGCGGUGUGUAAGCCCCUGCACUACCCUGCCAUCAUGACAAGGAAAGUGUGUGCUCGUCUGGCCAUCGGCUCUUACGUGUCUGGUUUUCUGACUGCUGCUAUUGACAUUGGAGACACCUUCUGCCUCCCUUUCUGUAUGACCAAUGUGGUCCAUCACUUCUUCUGUGAUAUUCCUGCAGUCAUGACUCUGGCUUGUUCUGAUAAACACAUUAAUGAGCUGAUUCUAUUUUUUAUUUCAAGCUUUAAUAUCUUUUUUGCACUUCUUAUUAUCUUAAUCUGUUACCUGUUGGUGCUUACCACAGUUAUGAAGAUGCACUCGGGUAAGGGAUACCAGAAGGCUCUAUUCACCUGUGCUUCCCACCUCCUUGCCAUUUCUCUAUUUUAUGGGACGGUCAUCUUCAUGUACCUGCAGCCCAGCUCAGGUCACUCCAUGGACACGGACAAAAUGGCAUCCGUGUUCUACACCAUGGUGAUCCCCAUGCUGAACCCUAUGAUCUACAGCCUGAGGAACAAGGAGGUCAAGAGUGCACUCAAGAAAGCUGCUGAAAAGGCAAAAUAUUCUCUGGGUUUAGUCAUUUAG